AUGUCCAAGACAACCAUUGCAGUGAUUGCGGCCGUCAGUGCCGGGUCGGGAGCGGCCAUCACGGCGGCCAUGUACUCCUUGCGAUCGGGCAAGCCGGCGGACCUGCCGGCGACGGUCCCGAGCGUGGGCAGCGCGACGACAAAAGUUCCGGGGCCGAUGGCCUCGCAGGUGCGGGCGCCACCGCUGCCGCCACCAGCGGCAGCCGGAGCUCGGAAAGCGGGCGCGGACGCGCCGGUCGAUCCAGCCGGACUGUUCCAGUACGGGUUUCCGGGUCCGGUGUCGGAUCUGGCAGUGCGCAGUGCGCUGGUGUCGGCGUACGACCGGCGGCUACGAAACCCGCACUGGGUGGCGGAACACAUCACGGCGGCGUCGCUGGAGAGCCGCGAGGGCGACCGGCAGAACAGCACGUUUGUGGAGGACGAAGCAAUGCCGGAGGCAUUUCGGGCGCGGUUACGCGACUACUUCCGGUCGGGCUUUGAUCGCGGACACCAGGUGCCGGCAGCCGACGCGCGCUGGAGCCAGACGGCCAUGGACGAGACGUUUUUCCUGUCGAAUAUGUGCCCGCAGGUCGGCCAGGGCUUCAACCGCGACUACUGGGCGCACUUGGAAGAUUUCGUGCGGCGGCUGACGGCACGCUAUCCCAGCGUGCGCGUCGUGACCGGACCGCUGUACCUGCCGAAGCGCGACGAGACCGACGGGAAGUGGUACGUCAAGUACGAGAUGAUCGGCAGCCCGCCCAACGUGGCCGUGCCGACACAUUUUUACAAGGUCAUCUACGCCGAGACGGUCGCGGCUGGCUCGCCCGCUGCGGACGCCGCACCCGUCGCUCUCGGCGCCUUUGUGCUGCCCAACGCACCCAUCCCCAACAGUCGACCGCUGAUCGACUUCGAGGUCCCGCUCGAGAUCGUCGAGCGCGCUGCCGGCCUCGAAUUCGCCUCCAAGCUGCCAGCCUACCGCCGUCGCCGCCUCUGCGCCGACACGACCUGCUCCCUCGUCGUGCGCGAAUUCUCGGACCGCCAGAAGCAGCAGAAGAAGAAAUAG